UGUCAAGAUUAGCGUUCAGCUGUGUAAAGUGACAGCUGGCGGAAUAUCGCAGCUUUCAACGUGAUUUUACAGAAAAAACAAAUCCGAAAGAUGGAUACCGUAGAAAAAUUGAAAUCUAGAAUCGCGGAAUUAGAGAUUGAAUUAGCAAACGAGAAGAGUAAAAAUGCCGCACCUGUCAGGCAAAAAAUUGCUCAAAUGUCAAGCGAAGUUGUUGACUCAAAUCCUUACAGUCGACUUAUGGCGUUAAAGCGUAUGGGCAUUGUUGACAACUAUGAAAAAAUCAGAGAGCUGACUGUCGCCGUUGUGGGAGUCGGAGGCGUCGGAAGUGUAACUGCGGAAAUGCUCACAAGAUGCGGUAUCGGCAAGUUGGUUCUUUUCGACUACGACAAAGUCGAACUGGCUAAUAUGAACAGGCUCUUCUUUCAACCGCAUCAGGCUGGCUUGAGCAAAGUUGAUGCAGCUGCAAAAACGUUACAAGCCAUUAACCCAGAUGUGGAAAUAGAAACUCACAACUAUAAUAUUACAACUGUUGAUAACUUUCAACACUUUAUGGAUACCAUCAGUAAAUCAAGCUUGAAAAAUGGAGCAGUAGAUUUGGUAUUGAGCUGCGUUGAUAAUUUUGAAGCCCGUAUGGCUAUAAACACAGCUUGCAAUGAACUCGAUCAAAAGUGGUUUGAGAGUGGAGUAUCAGAAAACGCCGUUUCUGGACAUAUACAGUUUAUUGUACCUGGAGAGUCCGCUUGUUUCGGUUGUGCGCCUCCUCUAGUUGUAGCUGCAAACAUAGAUGAGAAGACAUUGAAACGCGACGGAGUUUGCGCAGCAUCUCUGCCUACGACAAUGGGAAUAGUAGCUGGAUUUUUAGUCCAAAACACUUUGAAAUAUCUUCUGAAUUUUGGUGAUACGUCUUUUUAUUUGGGCUACAACGCAAUGCUGGAUUUCUUUCCAACGAUGACGCUCAGACCGAAUCCAAACUGUGAUGACAGAUACUGCCGACAAAGGCAGCAAGAAUAUCAGGCUAGACCGAAGGAUAUUACAGUCUUAAAAGAGGAAGUCGACGAUACGCCUUUACACGAAGAUAACGAAUGGGGUAUUUCUCUCAUCGAUGAGACAGUAUCAGAUAUCGAAGACACAUCAGCGACUGUUAAUAUCGGAGUCAGACAAGCCUAUACAUUGCCAGAACGACCUACCGAUCCUGAACCUGAGAUUGUAUCAACUGAAACGAGUGGUCCUAGUCUCGAAGAGCUAAUGGCUCAGAUGAAAUCAAUCUAAAUCUGUACAAAACAAUGUAAAACCUGUGCUGAGUUGUACUGAUCACAAAGUCGUAAAUAUGAAUCAUUCCACGUCACAAA